UAGAGGUCGCGCAUGCGCGUGUCGUGUUUUUUUAUUCCGGUGGACUCGUGCUCUUUAUGACGGAGAAGCGGCCGUCAUGGACGAUCUGGAGGAGGAUCUGACGUGUUCGGUGUGCUACGGCCUCUUCACAGACCCGCGGGUCCUGCCCUGCUCGCACACCUUCUGCAAAAGCUGUCUGGAGCGAGUGAUGCAGGUGUCCGUGGACGUCUCCAUCUGGCGUCCGUUGCGCCUGCCGCUCAAGUGUCCGAGCUGCCGCAGCGUGGCGGAGCUGCCCACCAACGGCCUGGACGCGCUGCCCACCAACGUGUGCCUGAGCGCCAUCGUGGAGAAGUACCAGCGGCCGCGCUCCGCCGCCUGCCCCGAACACCCCCCGCAGCCGCUCAACGUCUACUGCGUCCAGGACCGGCAGCUCAUCUGCGGCGUCUGCCUCACCGUGGGCCGGCACCGAGGACACGCCAUCGACGACCUGCAGACGGCACACGCGAGGGAGCGCGCGGGACAGGCCCGGUUGAUGGAGCGGUUGAGCGGCGAGCGCUGGGAGGACGUCUGCUCGCUCACACAGCGCCUGCGGCUGGAGAAGAAGCGGAGCGAGGGCCUGAUCCAAGACGACCGCGAGUUCACGGCCCAGUUCUUCCACAACCUGGAGUUGGUCUUGGCUCGUAAGCGGGAGGAGUUCCUGCAGACUCUGGAGCGGGCGAGCGCUCGGCUGGCGUGUGCGUACGACCCGCUCGUCGAGCAGCUGGAGCGGCUCCAGGAGGAGCACGGCGCGGUGAUGGCGCUCAGCUCCGGCGUGGAGAGCGAGGAGAGUCCGCUGGUGUAUCUGGAGACGGUGCGUGAGCUGAGGGAGCGAGUGGAGGCUCUGAUGCGGACGCCGCUGCCGGAGAUCCCCAGCGUUCAGUUGACGCCGCGGGCCGAGCCCUUCCUGCGGGAGCACUGGUGCGGCCUGAGCAUCCGAGGGCUGGGCGACGGGCCGGUCCCGGAGAUCUGCGGUCCGGCUCAGUGCCGGCGUCUCCGCUCGUCCUCAUCCGCUGCGGUCCUGAUCGCGAUGCUGCUGCUCACAGGCCUGUGUUUACACCACUGUGCUGAAGAACCGCUCCGUGGCGUCGGGACGCUCCUCUUCGGUCCCAUACACAACUCUAUCAUGACAUUACACACUUUUACGGCUACUCUAGGAGAAAACAUCUACCAGGAUCUGCUCAGCUUUCUCAAAACACUACAUUGGUGUUAAACACAGCAGACGCACAACCUUCGGGAGAAACAAACGCAAGGAGCUUCUGGGCGAAACCGUUUGCACACGUUUGUUUUGCUCAUUUGAAGAACGAGGCCAACAGUGCAGGAGUGUAGUACAUUGAUCCGCAUACACUGAAUGUUCACCAGUUAGUGCCGUUCCAGCAUGUGUUUACAAGUGUUUCAUGGCCCCCAGAAUAUUAUACAGGUGAAACUCGAAAAAUUAGAAUAUGGUGCAAAAGUUCAUUUAU